GAGGGAGGAAACGAUCAGCAGAGUGACCGUGGCCACAAUGUCACUUCCUAGAAGAGAAAGCUGAUUGCAAAAUAAUUUUUUUUUGCUUUUUGCAGCAGCUGCACUUUGCCAUUCGCUGCCUUUGCCUCACGUCACCAGAGAGAGAGAGAGAGAGAGAGAGGAGGUCUGGUCUGAGCUGAGCUGAGCAAAACAUGGCAACUGCAGAGCACGGGCUCAAGAGAGCAGUUUGGCAAAAGAUUAAAACAUUUGUGUUAGACGAUUGCAAGAAGGAAGGAGAAUGGAAGAUACUUAUAUUGGACAACUAUACCACAAAGUUACUUUCAUCUUGCUGCAAGAUGUCUAACAUUAUGACAGAAGGCAUCACUGUCGUUGAAGAUCUAUAUAAGAACCGUGAGCCAGUUCCAGACAUGAAAGCCGUCUACUUUAUCACACCAUCAGAAAAGUCUGUCCAUGCAUUAAUAAAGGACUUCAGUGGUAAACAAACCAAAAUGUAUAAAGCAGCAUAUGUUUACUUCAAUGACUAUUGCUCCGACCAACUCUUCAGUGAGAUAAAAGCCUCCUGCUCGAGAGUGAUAAAAACGUGCAAAGAAAUUAAUAUUUCCUUUCUUCCAUAUGAAUCUCAGGUGUUCACUUUAGAUGCACCCGAUGCUUUCCAAUGCAUUUAUAGUCCUCAGAGAAAAGGAGAUAAAAACGCCACAAUGGAGAUGCUGGCUGACGGAAUUGUGACUCUUUGUGCGACACUGGAUGAAAAUCCUGGAGUGACAUACAGAACGGAUCCUGGAAAGAAUGGCAAAGAUCUUGCCGAUCUGGUGGAGAAAAAGCUGGGAGAGUAUUACGAUCUAGAUCAGCAAUGCAAUAAAAAGGGAAAAACACAGUCCCAGCUUUUAAUCAUCGAUCGUGGCUUUGAUGCAGUGUCGACCCUUCUGCAUGAAUUGACCUUCCAAGCUAUGGCACAUGAUCUGGUUCCAAUUGAGAAAGACAUUUAUAAGUAUCAAAAAAAGGGAGAGACUGAAUUUAAAGAGGCUACAUUGAAUGAGGAUGAUGAACUCUGGGUAAAACUGCGGCAUUUACACAUUGCAGAAGUUGCUGAAAAAAUACCCAAGUUGGUAAAGGAACUUUCUACAAGCAAUAAGGCAACAGAAGGGAAAGUUACAAUAAGUUCUUUAGCUCAAAUGAUGAAGAAGAUGCCUCACUUUCGGAAGCAAAUGACCAAGCAAACCGUGCAUUUAUCUUUAGCUGAAGACUGCAUGAAGCCUUUCCAUGAUUCAGUAGAAAAAUUAUGCAAGGCUGAACAGGACCUGGCAAUGGGAGUUGAUGCACAGGGACAGAAGAUUAAAGACCCCAUGAGAACUGUUCUGCCCAUUCUACUGGAUAAGAAUAUCAAAAGUUAUGACAAAUUAAGGAUCAUCUUGCUGUACAUUUUCAACUUAAAUGGAACUACAGAGGAAAACCUUAGCAAGCUCAUCCAACAUGGGAAGAUUGAAGACUGUGACAUCAUUAAAAACUGGAACAGUCUCGGAGUGUCCAUCAUCUCUAAAAGUGGUCAGCAGAAUAAGCCAGACAGGAAAGAUCGAGCCCAUGAGGAGACCUACCAGCUUUCCAGGUGGACACCCUUCAUUAAAGACAUCAUGGAGGAUUCCAUUGCCAACAAGCUCAAUUCCAGCGACUGGUCAUAUUCCUCAAAGUGUUGUGCUGCUUGGAAUGGCUCAGGUGCUGUUAGUGCACGUCAGGGGAACAAGAGUAGUCUCCAAGAUGACCGCAGAAAUGGAUUAAAACUGAUUGUAUUCAUAAUAGGAGGAGUAACUUACUCUGAAAUACGCUGUGCAUAUGAAGUUACUGAGGCAAAUAAGUUGUGUGAAGUCAUUAUUGGGUCAACUCAUAUUCUUACACCCACAAGACUACUGGAUGAUCUGAAGAAACUGAACAAACAGACAAAAUCUGAAAUGUCACUGCAGAAUGAAAAGAAAAACCAACCACUUUCUCAUAUUGUCUGAGCUACUACAAAUCUACAAUUUCAAUUAAUGUGAAAUCUUACAAUUUAGCACAUUAAGAGUGUGUAGAUUGAUCUAAUUUGUCUAAUUUUGGAUGAAUGGGAGCACACGGCAUUAUAUUGGACAGAGCAUGGCUUCUAAUGUAAUAUUGUAAUUGGAGCAUUCAUACUGCGAAUUAAGGGCUUGGAGGGGUCCAUGACGUGGGUACAAAGUCCAAGUCCUCCUGCACUCUUAUGGGUAACACUAGUAUACAUGUCUAUUUUUAAAGUAAUUGUAUGGGAAUCUUUUCCAAGAACAGUUCUGAUUGUAGUCCUUGUACAUUUAUAAAAGAUGUUUUGAAUCUAUUAUCCAAAAUAUAUUUUUUAAUCUAAAAGCUGUCUUAAUUGUGGAAAUUUAUGUUUGCAGUUAUUAAAAAAACGCAAGUUC